AUUAAUAAAAAUGGGGAACAAAAGUUUAGAAGCCCAAGAAGUGGCCGAACUCUCCAAGGAGACCAAGUUCACCUCCAAAGAGGUCAAGCGAAUCCAUAAACGGUUCGGCCAGCUAGAUGUACAUGGGAGGGGGUAUAUUACGAUCCAUGACCUAGCGACCUUACCCGAUGUCGAUAAGAAUCCUCUUGGUGACCGCAUCUGCCGGGUGCUUGCUGAAGAAGGCAAGAAUUCUAUCAGUUUUAAGGAGUUUAUCAAAGCUCUAGCUGUCUUCAAUGAUAAAGAUAACGACGAAGAGAAACUCAAGUUCCUAUUCAAGGUCUAUGACAUUGAUGGGGAUGGCUAUGUAACCAAGGAUGAGCUGUUCGUCAUCCUCAAAAGUUUAGUCGGAAAUAGCCUCAAUAACUCACAGUUGGAACAGAUAUCUGAGAAAACAAUCAGUGAUACAAGUGACGGCAAGAUGGGAUUCGAGGAGUUCAAGAAAAUAUUCAGCUCAAAAAGUACUUUCUAAUAAUGGAGGCAGAAUUUAAAUAUUUCUACAACUAAAUCUG